AUGCGGCCGGCCGUGCUGGGGACAGGCGCCCUAUACGCCUUGAUGCCCGACGAGUCUGCCGCCCUCACCACCUAUGUCGUCUUUGGCCCGACAAAGACAUACGUCACGACCCAGACACUGUCCCCGACGCACGCGAUGCCGACAGCGACGUUGACCAGGCCUGGAACCACGCUCUCUCGUAACACGACGUUGAUCCCCUCUGCAGUCCGACCAGCGUCCAAUGUGACGUCUUCAGUAACCACAAUAUCUACAUCGACUCCUGUAGCGAAGCCGACAGCCCCUGUAUCUCCUGCUCCGGUUGCACCGAAGGGACAGAAGAUCUGCAAUGAGCUGACCCCAGACAUCAUCGAUACGGUGAUCCCCACACCGAGGGGCAAGUUUGGCUGGAUUGCGCUCGGUUUCGGGUCCACCAUGCUGGUGUCCGGUCCACCCCGCGUCGCCAAGCUUCUGAACAGCUCGUAUUCCACCGACACUGGGUCCAGUAUGCGUUUCAGCGUGCCAUCCAGCGAUAAGACUGAGGAGAAGCUGAUCUGGGCUUUCUCCAAGACGCAACCGAAGGGCGGGGCUGAUGCGGAGCUGAGCCAGCAUCUUUGGAGCGGAUACGGAACGAUCAACUACCACAAGGACUACGAGGAGGUGUCCAACCCGAUGCCCGUGAACAGCAAGACGGCAGAGAGGAACGGGAUGCCCUCGUCCGUACUUGUUGCGCACAUCGCAAUCGGAGUCAUGGUCACAAUGUUGCUCCUCCCCGGCGGUGUCGUCGUGCCGCGGAUCGUGCGUGGUCUUACCACGUCGAAAGUCUGGUUCCCGCUGCACAUCGCCGUUCAAGGCGGCCUGUGUCUUCUCUUCCUACUCAUCACGCUGGGGACUGGGGCCAGUUUCGGCAAUACGUCGAGCACGCACAGAAGCUGCGGGAUCGCGCUCUUCGUCUUCUUCCUCGUGCAGUGUCUCCUUGGCAUUGUCGCGCACUGGGUCAAGUUGCCCGACCGCCUGAAGCGCUUCUCCUUCACCACCAAGAGGGGCCGUGGGCCAAGCAACCUGCUCCAUUUCGGCAUAGGGUUGCUCGUCGUUGCGCUCGGGUGGGCGACGUGCUGGACCGGCUUUGUAUCGCAGUGGCCAGCUACGGGACACGGGUACUCCGCCCCCAGCCUGAAAGCAGGCUGGGGCGUCAUGCUCGCAUUCUGGCUCAUCGUCUACGCCCUGGCGCUAUGGUUCUUCCUGCCCCGGCAAUUGCGAAUUGAGGCAGAGGAAAGAGCGAUGGAGGAGCACGACCAGCAAAAGUUCUUCUCCCCCAGCGUCGCGCCCGUGACUCCCCGACCGCCCGAACCCAAGGCGCAGAGGGGAUUCUCGCCCCCGCCCUCGCCGAGCAUGAUCCCAAUCUCGGCGCAAUGGUUCCGCCAGUCUCAAGAGAGUCCCAAGCAUUCGUCCCUCGACCGUGCGGAACGGAAACGCCACUCGGAAUUGCACACGAGCGGCAUGCCGACUUCUGGCGUCGUUCCCCGAGUGUCUAGUCGGGAGCGUCUGGACUCUAUGAUCACUUACGAGGGCUCGUUGUCGCGCCAGCAGAGCGAGGGGAGCAUGCAGUCGCGCUUUGCGCAGAGCCGCCGGUCGUCGCGCGGAUCUCGCGGCUCUCUGGGAUCAAUGGAGGAGAGUCUCGCCACGGGCCUCAACUCGCUCAAGAACAGUGUCACUUCUCUGAAGAGCUUGAGAAGUAGGAGGGGCAGUGACGCCCCGCCCACUGCAUUCCCCUUCCGCCGCGGCAGUGAUUCUCAACUGUAUACCGCGCAAGUGGCGGUGUCUGAUCCGUUCAAGUCUCCUGUGACACCCACAUUCCGUCCCAUCGUCUCCCCGGCUCCCAGCGCAUAUAGGCAUGACCGUCGAGACAGCGACGACGGAUUGAGCUUUAGGGCUCGACGACGACGACGCAACAGCAACGCCUCGGCCCACUCGUCCUCUUCGUUCGAGUAUCGCGAACGCAAAACGAGCGACGCGAGCUUCUUAGCCAUCGAGCGGCCGGAACCCAAAGAGCCGCCCCUCAAACUGGUGGACAAGCGUGAUUCGGACCCGUUCGGGCUCAACAAGGCCCUGGGCGCAUUGUCGCUGGGCAACUUCAGCUCCAACCUUUCCUUCUCAUCCGAAAAUCUGUCCUUGUUCCGGGAGAAGAAGGAAACCGUCGUAAACGCCAUUACUGGGGUCAGAGAGCGGAAGCCGAGUCAUGGCCGGAGGUGGUCGGACCAGUCCGCCCGCUCCAACCGGUCCGGGAGAAGUUCGCUGAGCAAGGCCACCAGCGCACCGAGGAGUCGGAGCGGAUCCAUCGCCGAGCCCGCGCCUAGCAGUUUUGCGCCCCGCAGCCGUAACAACUCGUUCGGAGAUGUGCCGCGCCGCGGCUCUGUGGAUGGACGUCGGUCGAUUGACGCCGCCCCCAGCGCAUACACGGGGACGAGGAGCCGGAGUGGCUCUCUCGCUCAGGCUCAGCGGAAAGAGUCACACAGUCGGAAGAACUCAACGACGACGCCACCAGUGUCGGGAACGCCGAAGACGACGCCUGCCCGUCCUUCCUCGCGCGGCUCCUCUACUCCGCCAGUGGCUCAGAAGCGCUCCGCGCCGCGAACGGCGCCGCAUGCUCGACCCGCGCCCAAACCGCCCGUCGCCCAGGCCGUGGUGAACAUUCCUGCGUCGCCUGUACCCAAAUUUGAGCCGAGACCGACUCCCUCCGUUCCCUCUCCGGCCGUCUCGCGGCCAAACUCGAGCUCGGCCCCCAACUCGGCCCCCUCUGCGCCCACCUCCGCACCUCCCGUUCCCAGCUCUGUGCCUUCCAUUCCCCUCACCUCCUCCACCCCUCGGCACCCCUUCACCUCUCCCCCGCCUCCGCAGCGAUCAUCCGACCUCCGUCUCCGUCGACUCAGCAACUCGCACCGCGCAAUCCCCAAGCUCGAAGUCCGCACCGGUCGCACGCCCGCCACUCCCCCUUCUUCUUCCGGCGCAGUGACCGCAUCUCCCGGCGCCGUGCCUAUUGGAGCUCAUGUCGAGGGGAGGCAAGACGGGAGGGGCAGAGUCGCCCCGCUCACUAGCGCCACUAAGCGGUCGCAUAUCUCCAGUGUCACGCCCAUCGCGAGCCGGUUCCGCGCCAACACGGUGGCUUCGACACGGAGUGAGAUGAGCACCGUCAGCGCCGUUAGUGACGAGAGCGUGCCCCCGCCCGUGCCGCCGAAGGAUUACUAG